UUUCGACUCACGCGCACCAGCCUCCACCAUUGUUCGCGCGCAUUUCUCUCACGUGGGAACUGUUGACUUUUUCGUGCUUUACCCGCAUCGUCAUUCAUCUGCAUCUAUUGGAGCGAUCGCACGUAACGAUGGCUCUCUGAGUGCGGGACGUGUUAUCAGUUGUUGUGAUAUGAAAGGAUAGGAUGCGUUACAUCCCGACGUUAAACGGUGAAAGUUAAGUGAUGAUCAAGUAGAAGAUCGGGAUCUUGGUAUCAGAUAAGCGGAGAUCAUGGCCCAAGCACCGAUGCUGCCAUUCCUGCUAAUUCUAGCAGCAACCAGAUGUAGAAGCGCAUCUGUCAACGGAUAUCAUAAUGGAAACGGUGCUACGCAGUUCGGAGAACUCUUGAAGCCGCCUCCGCCACCACCGCUAUCUCCAAUAGCCCCAGUGCCAUUCCACGGAGGAUCAGGAAGGCUACAGCGGCAGAAUCUAGACACUGGUUACCAUUACCAACCCCCUCCACCCCCACCGCCUCCCCCUCUCCCACCAUCAACCGAAUUCAAAUUCCCUGCCCCAUUUUACAAACAGUACAACUUUAAUUUCGUCCCACCUCCUCAGCCAUUCUCUACGACGCCAUCUCCCACGUUGUUCCAAAAAGUUUCAGGCUGGUUGUUUUCCUCACAACAGACAAAUUACGAUGCAGGGUCAAAUAAUGUAGCACCAGCCCCAAUAAAAAAAGAUUGCAAUCCUUGCAAUUUAGUGCCAUGGAUACCAGUAAUAAGAUACAAUGUUGGAGCUAAAAAUAUAUUUUCAAGCUCAAAUCCUACUUAUGGACCACCAAGUCCCACAGGUUACCUUGAACCACAAAAAGUAGUAGAGUAUAAGCCACAGCCUUUCCAAACUCCGCACCAGAAUCUUCCACAACUAUCAACUGGUAUUCCACAUGCAGAAUAUGGUCUACCCGUAAUAUCUCAUCCUAAUAGUUUUAAUGGUCCCAGCUCCACAUACGGGCCUCCCAUUUCUACUUAUGGACCACCAAGCCCAACGCAUACGGUGGACGUGUCGUCUCCUAAUGCCUUAAGUUCAACUUACUCCCAACCAAGUAACUCUUAUGGAGCGCCUAGCUCAUCUUAUAGUGCACCUAGUUCAUCAUACGGUGUUCCAAGCUCAUCAUAUGGUGCCCCUAGUUCAUCCUACAAUGCACCUAGUCAUAGUUCUUCAACGUCGAUUAAUUACCCUACUUCUCCAUUCAGUUCACACAGUUCAACACAUGGUGGAUCAAGCACUUCCUUUAGUAUAUCAAGUUCAUCUUUUGCGACCCCUUCUCCUUCUUAUGGAUUUUCAGAAUCUACAACGUAUUCAUCAGUAACUCCCCUUUAUGAACCAGAGUUAUUAAACAGUCAGUUACCACAACAAAAUGAUAUUGGUGUAUCAAAUCAACCAGAGCUUUCAGGAGACUUCCAAUUACCUAAAGUGACACCACCAACGACUUUCAGAAACUCUUAUGGAGAACUUAUUCCUAAUAAUUAUAUAUCGGAUAUUCCUUACCCAGUAUCAGCUACCGCUGCUGAAUCAAUGAAAAUAAAAACUGAAGUGUUGCCAAAUAGCACGCCCUUAUCGUCACAAAAUGCAUCUUUAGCAUUAGCAAAUCCAGCACCUUUUACGUUAAAUAGAGGAAGAAACAUUCACACUUUGCAACCGGUUGCUUUACCAAAUCUGAGUGUGUCUCCAUUACCGCCCAUAUUUAAUGCAAGACCAUUUAGACCCACAAGUCCAAAAUUCCCUACAAUAUUAGUUCAGGGAAUAAACUCUAUGCAACAAAAUUCCAACAAUGUUAAGAUUGAACAAAGUGUUCCCCUUGCUGAGUUUACACAUUCAGUUGAUUAUCCAGCUUCCUUUGUCCAAUCACCAGUAAUUGAUGUAGACGUUCCUCCUAAGACUCGAAAUGAAACCAAAGCCUAUAGAAAUAUACCAAAUGCUUUUAUUUUAAAUGAACUCAGAGAUAUAUCUUCGCAAGCUACAGAAGAUCACGCAGCUAAAACUCUUCAAGACUCGAGUUUUGAAAGUACAGGUACUGACGUUGGAAAUGAAUUAUAUGACUCAGGAAUACCUAUGGGAUUUAAACUAAGAAACGUUCCUAGUGCAAACAAAAAUAAAUUUGCUGAUUUGAGGGGAAUUAAGGACGAGGACGUAGACAAAUACAGGACAGAAAGCAACUUACAGUAUAUAGACUCUCCUCUAUUAUAUCUGAAACCAAGUGCUCCACAUAAAGAACAUGGAAAUUUUGUGUUAGCUAUAUCAACGCCAAUAAAUGAUCAUGACUACGAAAUAUACGACGAGAGUCCAACAACGGCUACACCGCAGAUUUCCACUCCUCAGAGUGCUUGGGACGAGGGCAGGAAUGAUUAUAAUGAACCUCCUCCAACAGCAGCGCAAGAGAGCAUAGACCGUCCCAAAAUUGUGCAAAUCAUUGUCCCGUACACAUCUGGUCGUAAUCAAGAGGAUUGGGAAUAUACACAAGACGAAUAUUAUCGAGCCCGAAAAAUGCCAUCUAAUACAGAAAACUCAAUUCUCAGUACAGUCACAGAGAACUAUAAUACUCCUAGCACAACUACAGAAGAAUCAACACAAAGUGUGCCAGAUAACUAUGAUGCAGAACGUAUAAAAACAGCCGAGAUACUUAACGAUUUAUACGAUGUCAAAGAACCACCAUUUGAUAUAAUUAAAUUGCAACACACGAUUGAUGAUUGGACAGAACAAGAAUAUUCUGAGCAUUACAAAACUCCACAAAGGACGCGUGGUUUUGAGAAAUAUGCUAAGCAGAUUCCUGAUGAAUAUUUUACGACUACAAUGCCAACAAACUAUGUUACUAGCAACGAUUACAACUACGAUUUUAAUGACCACGAGGGUUCAAGCAGUAUACAACAUUCCGUGACGGAAGAUCAAAAUUAUAUUCCAAAUUCACAUAAACCACGCAAAGAGUACAAUGUUAUAGCUCGAAACCGAACUACACAUAGCAAUAGACAAGAGGAAAAGGCGAGGGAGAUCGAAAAACUGCAUAUCUACACUGCGGCUUCCACUUUUAGAAGCACUACCACUACGCCCGCCCCUUGGGGUAAAAUUCUAACUUCUAUAUCCCCUUUAACUAAAGAGAAGGUUUAUGUUGUUACAUCAAAACCGUGGCGAGACUCGCGGAAUGUAACAAAUGACUGGUAUGCAGUAGAGUCGUUUGAAUCUAAAAAGACUGACAACGAUAACGUUGUGUCUGCUUCAGACAACUUGCCUUUUAAAUCCCCUAGGUUUGUAAAUAGACCCUCAUUAGGAUUUUCUUCCGAAGAAAGUAACUCUAUGAAGUCAGAUUCUUCAUAUGGCUUUUCUAAAAGCUGGUAUCAGAGCAUAAAUGAUUUGGAGAAUAGAGGUGCCAGCAGUAAUAUGACGUGGCCAGAAGGUUCUCCCCAGAAACAUACCACUAACCUGGACGAGGUCUUAACCGAUACCACGACUGCAGAUCUUCAUAGCAACUCGGAGACGUAGAUGGUUUGAGUAUAGAAAUACAUAAGGACCAUAAUACAAGUGCAUUAUAGUGACUUUUCCGUGAAAGUGAUUAAUGUUAACUGAACAGUGCAUAAUGAUAAAGACACAAAAGUGCUAAUUGACAAUUGUUUUGUGGAACUGAAAAUGACUUUAAAAAGUAAUAAGUAGGUUUUAGAUAAAUGUGGGAAAAGAGCAAAUUAGAAAGAAUACUGACACCUCGUGUAUUCUUUUUAAUUUGAUCGUAGUUUAAGCAAAGUGAACCAAAGUAGGACUUUUUGUACGCAAUAAUUAGUUUAACAACGAUAAUGUUCACUGAAUUCUGUUAAUUUUAAGAUAAAAAUAUGACAAUAUUAAAUAAAGUAUUGAAAAUUUAACUAAUGUAGGUAAUGUAAGAAUUGUAAAUAUUGAUACCGUGAUUGUAAAUAAAUGUGUAGACGUGCAAAA